AAAGUAGGAUUCACUGAACUUUUUUGUGUACAUUUGGAUUUCUGUGUAAUGCGACGACGAAAAGAAAGCGAAAAAAAGAAAGAAAAAGAUAGAAUAAAACAUUGGAUGAGUAAGAGGAAGGGGUUAAAAAAGAUGGCCGUUCUGAAACAUAUGACAAAGAACGGCGGGCAAUCGCCGCGGCCGAAAACAAUUUUCACGGAAUGUGUUUUACGAUAUCGUUGAUCUUCGUCCUCGUGUAGAGGUGUAGUGAUUUUUCGAAUAAAGGGAUCGUGGCUAUAAAAGUCAGUGAUCCUGUUAGCAAAGGAGCCAUGACUACGAGUAAAGAAUGGGCUCGAUCGCAUCGGUGUUGCAGUGGCAUUGCUCGGAGUGCGCUCUGAUAAAUCCAACGGAGAGCACGCGAUGCGCCAGGUGCGGCAUUACUCGUCUUAGGAGUGAUGAGAAGGCAAAUCUCAGGUUCAACCUGAGUUUGGAGCACAAAGUUCCAAGACAAAAAGAAGAGGGAAAGCAAAGAAACGACGAGGAAGGUGACUCUUCCUCAGUCUCCAUUCUACCAACAUCUUUACCGAAACUUCAUUUGAAGAAGCUACCAGUAGACGAUACAUGUCCGACAGCUUAUGAAUACAUCAAAACCGAUCUCAUACAUUGCUCAGAGGGAAAUUUAAUUCUAUCUAAUCAUACAAAGAAAUCUCAUCAUGAUUUAUGGAAGAGAAAAUCUUAUAAAAAGGAAUCAGUUAAACGAUCUUUUUCUCUACCUUCCUUAGUAAGACAAUGGACUUGUGUUCGUUGUCUAUUAAACAACAAUUGCAGUUCUGGUAUAAUUUGCAUAGCUUGUGAUGCAAAUUUUUCUAUAGCUGAAACUGAUAAAAAACAGAUUGGUGCACGUAGAAGCAAAAAAUUAAAUUUACGUAAAACAAAUCGUCUUAAAGUUGCCUCUGAACUUCUGGCGAAUAUUUUAGAUGGUUUUAAUACAAAUUCUUCUACAAAUGAUGCAAAAAUUAUUAAUAAAGAUAUGGCACAAUUAACAAGUAUAAGCCGUAGUGAAAGGAGACAAGACAGAGAAGACUGGACUUUACCAUCAAUAGAAACUAUGGAAUCUACUACACUUUCCUUUACAAAUACUGAUACCUCUCAACGUUCACCAAAAAGACAUAGUCCUUCAAUUUAUGAACGAGUUAAAUCCAAAGUUAGUCGCUCUUUAUCUAAUGGAUCUGUUGUACAUAAGUUAUCUGAACAUGCAAUUCAAAGACCAACAAGUUUAGUAGUCUCAGAAUCGCAACAAGAUGAUGCUCUCUGGAGUUGUGAUAAUUGUACUCUUGAUAAUGCUCCUGGCCUAGAACAAUGUGAAGCAUGUGAAGCUCCUAGAAGUCCAGCUCCUUGUAGUGGAGUAGUUAUCAGUGUACCUGCCUGGGAACCACGAACUCUAUCUUCUGCAGGUUCACUCUCUUAUAGACGUUCUUUUUCUGAUGUUGAAUCUGUUACAAAUGUAUCUCAGAAAAAAAUUGUCAAUCGUAGAAGUCUCAAUGAAGAUGAACCACCUGCAGUACCACCUCAUUCUGUUGGUUUUAGUACAAAGCCAAAGUAUUCUUAUAUUGGAAUUACUGAUCCUGAUAUACCACCGCCAUUGCCAAAAAAACAAAAUAAUAAAUUAAGUCUUGUACCCACAAAAGCACAUAGUGAAGCAACUAGUCCUGUUGAUGUACCAAAUGUAAAUUCAUUGAAACGUAUGUGGACAUGUCGAAAAUGUUCUUAUGCCUAUAAUCCUUUAUGGUCAACAGGCUGCGAUAUAUGUGGAUCUUCUCGAUCACCACCUUCAUUAAUGCAACCUAGUUUAAUAACCGUCACAAAAGAUGAAACAAAUUGUUCAAUGCAUACACAAUCUCCAAUUGUAGUAUCUAGAGAUAGUGUAAGAUACAUUCCACAAAAAACUGCUACAUUGGCUACAGCUGAAUCUGAUUUAGAUGAUCAAAUUGAUCUACCUUCUCCUGUAUGGACUUGUAAAAAAUGUACAUUAUUAAAUGCUGCUUCAAGAACAACAUGUGAGGCAUGUGGUGGUUCAAAGCUUAAAAGUAUUAUGCAUUUAGAAGAUACAACAUUACGAAAAGGAGAAAGCUGGGUGUGUCCAUCAUGUACAUUAAGAAAUCCACUAUCAGCACAAACUUGUAAUGCUUGUAAGACAUUAGCAGAUUUUUUAGAUAUACCAAAAGAUAGCAAAUUUUUUGGAUCAAGAAGUCCAAGUCCAAGACUCAGUUCAACUCCUAUAAAUUCAAAAAUUGUUACUUCAAAACAUAAAAAUUCUGUAAGAAGAAACAGUUCUUCAAUUGGAGAUAAAAGACAUUCAAGAAUUAAAGAUUCUGCUCAUGGCCAAUGGCAGUGUAAAUUGUGCACAUAUGAAAAUAAGAGUACAAAUGGAAUUUGUGAAAUGUGCCAAAUCUCAAAAAAUUUAUCUCAACUACCAAUUGAAAGGCCUAGAAUUGAAUCUGGCAUAAAUACUCUUACAAUGCAACGGCAAGAAAGUGUAGUUAUGGAAAAUUUAAGACAAAUUGAAGAAAGAGAAGCAUUGGAAAAAUGGGAACGAAUUGUUCGCUAUUGCAAGGAGACGAAUGAACCUUUUGUUGAUGAUUCAUUUCCACCAGCUCCAAAAUCUCUAUAUUAUAAUCCAGCUGAAACAAAAGAUAACCAUGUUGUUCAAUGGAGAAGGCCUCAUCAAAUUAAUGUUGAUUCUACAGUUGAUUCUAAACUGCCUUGGGCUGUUUUUAGAAAGCCUUUACCUUCAGAUAUCUCACAAGGUGUAUUAGGAAAUUGUUGGUUACUUUCAGCUUUAGCUGUUUUAGCUGAAAGUGAUGAGCUUGUAAAAAGAGUUUUAGUAAUGAGAGAAACCUGCCCAGAAGGAGCUUAUCAAGUAAGAUUAUGUAAAGAUGGAAAAUGGACCACAGUGCUUGUUGAUGAUUUAUUACCCUGUGAUAAAAGAGGCCAUCUAGUAUACUCUCAGGCAAAAAGAAAACAACUUUGGGUGCCAUUAAUUGAAAAAGCAGUGGCUAAAAUUCAUGGUUGCUAUGAAGCUUUAGUAUCAGGACGUGCAAUAGAAGGUCUAGCAACACUUACAGGUGCUCCCUGUGAAAGUGUGCCUUUACAACCAUCUGCUUUGCCAAGUGAAGAUGAACUUGAUAAGGAUUUAAUAUGGGCGCAACUUUUAUCUUCAAGGCAAGCUAUGUUUUUAAUGGGUGCUAGUUGUGGAGGUGGUAACAUGAAAGUUGAUGAGGAAGAAUAUCAACGUAAAGGUUUAAGGCCAAGGCACGCUUAUUCUGUUCUUGAUGUACGAGAUGUACAGGGAAUACGAUUAUUGAGAUUACGUAAUCCAUGGGGUCACUACAGUUGGAAGGGUGAUUGGUCUGAUGAUAGUCCUAUCUGGACAUCGCAAUUACGAGAAAUGCUUAUGCCACAUGGUGCUUCUGAUGGUGUUUUCUGGAUUUCUUUUGAUGAUGUAUUAAAAUAUUUUGAUUGUAUUGAUAUUUGUAAAACUAGAGUUGGAUGGAGUGAAGUUAGAUUGCGCGGAGCACUUCCACCUUUAUCAUCUCUCAGACAUUUAUCAUGUGUACUUUUAACGGUACUAGAGCCGACUGAAACAGAAUUUACAUUAUUUCAAGAAGGACAGAGGAAUUCUGAAAAAUCACAACGUUCUCAAUUGGACUUGUGUGUAGUUGUUUUUCGUACACGUUCGCCAGCAGCACCAGAAGUGGGAAGAUUAGUAGAACAUAGUAAACGACAAGUACGUGGAUUUGUUGGAUGUCACAAAAUGCUAGAAAGAGAUUUAUAUAUUGUUGUAUGUUUGGCUUUUAAUCAUUGGCAUACAGGAAUGGAAGAUAUUUCUAGCUAUCCUGAAUACGUUCUUGCCAUCCACAGUUCAAAAAGACUAUUAGUUGAACAAAUUUCUCCACCAGCAUUUGUCUUAGCUGAUGCUAUAAUAAGUUUAACUCUAACAAAAGGACAGCGACAUGAAGGAAGAGAAGGAAUGACUGCUUAUUACUUAACUAAAGGUUGGGCUGGACUUGUAGUAAUGGUAGAAAAUCGUCAUGUAAAUAAAUGGAUUCAUGUAAAAUGUGACUGCCAUGAAAGCUAUAAUGUUGUAUCCACAAGAGGACAACUCAGAACUGCCGAUAGUGUUCCCCCGCUUCACAGACAAGUCAUUAUAGUUUUAACACAAUUGGAAGGUAGUGGAGGUUUUUCAAUAGCACAUCGACUUACGCACAGAUUAGCAAACAGUGGAAAUUUGCAUGAUUGGGGUCCGCCAGAUACUCAACAUUGUCCACAAAUUGACACUCAAGUUGAAGGUUUACAUAGUCCUCGUUUAAUCACGUGAACAAAUGAGUGAUUUAUAAUAAAUAGGGCAAUGUUUAAAUUUAUCUCGUUUGUCAAGUAAGAAAUUUAUUAUAUACUCGUGAUAUCCAAAAAUUUACUAAAACCAAAGCAAGCUAGAAAGUUUUUGGUACAGAAAAAAUAUUGGUACCGAAGCUAUAACACAUUUUUUGCUUUCUAGCUAUUCAUAUUAUAUGAAAAUUUUUAGCAUUAUGACAAGUUCACUAUUGGAUAUAAUACAAUAAUUAAUCAUUAAUAAUAUGAUUCUGAGAUCAGUGGUUAGAAAUAUUUUUUUUUUUUAAUUAAGUAGAAAUUAUUCGUUAUCAAUGAAAAUGAAUAUACUUUAAAACUUGCGUGAAAAGCAUUUCUACGGGAACCAUUGAUCUAUAAAGAAGACUUAAGGCAAAUUAAAUAUUUAUGGAAGAACAAAUUAAACACAUUGCUUGUUAUAUAAAAAAAAAUUAUUUUCUCAACAUAACAUAUAAGCACCAUAAAAAAUAACAAAGCGUAAAAAUUAUACAAUAAUAAUAUAUUAAAUGAAAUAAGUAAUGAUCAUUAAUAACAUAUGAAAAUCAUAUACACUCUUUUUGGAAUUGCUUAGAGUAUAAUUAUGUGUCGAAAUUUUUUCGAUUUUUGCAUCUCACAAUCCUAUUUUCAAAUAUCCAGGCCAGAAC